AUGUCUGAUCUUUAUUCUAAAAUUCGGUUGCUUCCGGGCCUCCCAGGUCGCGGGGACCGCGAUAGCCAGGCACCCGGUCUUGGCGGGUCCGGAGCUCCGAACCAAGAAUGGCCCGCCGACUUCGUCGGAUUAAGUAUGAAAUGUGCUGUUCUGGCCGCCGGGUUCGGUACACGCAGGGCAGGGACGCCAUUUUCGGAUGUUCAAACAAUACGGGGCGAUGACAAGCUGAGAACGCCCCGCGCAAUCCGUGCAUUGCCGCUGGGAAAACGGCUGUCGGUCGCCUUCGACACAUCGGCCUCGGACAAGGCCGCACGGACCCCCGCCGUAGUUGAUCCCGGGAACGGCCAAUGUUGCAGCCGGCGGAGAAAGCACGGUAUGAAGCGCCUCAUCAUGCGGCUGCGGGUCUUCGAGACCGACGACGACCACUGGGUCACGUUCCGCAAGUAA